UAGUUAAUAUUGGCAUACGAACUCAAUACGGUUAAAAAGAAUCCAAUUUAUAUGCCUAAGUACAAUAAACUCAGAGCUGGCCUUGCCAGAUAGUUUAGACCAGCAUUGCCAACGAACUUGAAGGCAGCGUUGCCAAAAAAUUCAAAGCAACAACAAACGGCGCCAAAAUAGCGUACGCAAAAAAGAAAAGUGCGAAAACCACGGCAAUUCGCAGCGAAUCACGGAGCAAAACACACACGCCAUCAUGAGCAUGAGUAUGGACGAGUCCAUCUGCGCCUACUUCGUGAAUAACCUGAAGCCGGGCGACGUUGGCGGCCAGGAGGCGGACACUCUUGAGCAAUUUGAGGCGUCCCGAGAACUACUUGGCCAGCAGCUAGCUGAGACCCAGAUUCGACAGAUAAAGCCCAGCGAAGGAUAUCCUCUGAUAGCUGCCGGCAACUUGACUAAAAAGGAUGUCUUUGUGCUGACCCAGUUCGAGGGCGAUUUCUUUGAGCAGCUGCAGCAGACGAGAGCCCUGAUCUUGGGGCCACCUUGCUUGUUAAAUUGCCUACGGCGAAAUGAACCAAUUCCCGAUGGCAGCAGUGCCAUUUAUACCACGGCCAUGAGAGAUCUGCAGGUCUCGGCAACGGGGAUAACGCCACAGAAGAAGGAGGAACUGAGCAAGCUUAUACAUUGGAUGGGCGGAAUUUACUUUCAAAGUUUCGGUCACCGCACCACCCACCUAAUAUCGAACACCAUCAAGUCCAGCAAAUACGAACAGGCCACGUUAAACGGGGUGCCCGUAAUGCAUGUCGACUGGGUGCAGUACGUCUGGGACCAAAGUCGACGCAGUGAACGCGAGAGCAUCAGUGCCACGGAUCCCGAUUUCGACAAGUACCGCCUUCCCACUUUCUUUGGGGCAAACAUCACAUGCAGCGGCUUAGAUACGGCGCGCAAGGAUCAGGUUAUGCGACUAGUCAACGAAAAUGGCGGCAUCUAUCAUCGCGCGUUCCGCUCUCAAGUGGUGGACAUUGUCAUAACCGAACAGUCAAAAACUGAUACCGAGAAAUACAAGGCUGCCAUACGAUACAAGAAGGAUGUCCUGAUGCCAGAAUGGAUUUUUGAUAGUUCAAAUCGCGGCUAUGCCCUGCCCACCAAGAAAUACGAGAUAAAACCAGGCAAAACGGCCUCUACGCCCACCAAGGGCACUCGUUUAACUGCCGGUUCUAAUGCAGAUCAGACACAACUUUCGGAUCUCUCCAGGAUCAGCUUUGUCUCUGGCUCGCGGCGUAUGUGCAGCGAUCUGACCGUUGUUAACGAAUCCGUCAGUAGUGUGGGCACCAGCUCGCCCGCCAAAGAUCUGCUUAAGCAGGCCACCAGCAGUAGCAGGAACUAUCAGCAGGUGCUGGCCGAGAUUUGCCCGCGGCAGGCCAAGAAGGCAGGUGCUUUUCUGGACGGUUGCUGUGUGUACUUGAGUGGCUUCCGCACGGAGGAGCGGGAGAAGCUCAAUAGGGUUCUGAAUACAGGCGGAGCCACCCGAUACGAUGAGGCCAAUGAAGGCAUCUCUCACAUCAUUGUUGGUCAACUGGAUGACGCCGAGUAUCGACAAUGGCAGCGCGAUGGUCUUAUGGGUUCGGUUCAUGUGGUACGUUUGGAUUGGCUGUUGGAAAGCAUACGAGCUGGCCGGCUAGUCAGUGAGCUUGUCCAUCGUGUAUCGCUUCCACAGAAUCGAGAACCCGACAUAGCCUCGCCUGCUAGCAAGCGAACCCUUCGCUCUAUGAAUCACAGCUUUAAGCAGCCAACAUUACCCAUCAAAAAGAAGUUAUUUGAUCAGGAACCAGAUCCGGUGCAGCAACAGGAACAUGAGGAGCCGGACCAUACCCUGCUUGAUCAGUACUCACAGGAUCAAGGAGCAGUGGCACAACUGCCGCCGGCGGAUGUCAGUCUCCUCCAACCAGCAGCUAGUUCUACUCAAAUGGAUAUAAGAAUGCGCAACUCGGUAGCCAAUCCCAAUCCUGUCGCUGCUGUGGCUUUGCCUGAUCUUAGUGCCAGCGCAUUGUCCAUUGAUUUCGAUAAGCUGGACUACUUCGCGGGUGUCUCCGUGUAUGUGCACAAGGAAUGCUUUAACGCUGAGUUUUACAACCAAAUGCUGACCGAGUGCGAGAGUGCCCAGGGCUUGUUAGUGCCUUCGAGCUUUGCGGAUGAAGUGGAUUAUGCCAUCGUCAGCUUUGAGGUUGCCUUCGACGUUAAGGAGCUGCCCGUCAAGGCUCGCCAUGUAGUCACUGAGCUGUUUAUGGAAAGCUGUAUGAAGAAAAAUCAGCUACUCCCAUUGGAAUACUACCACAAACAUGUGCCUGCUACUGCACUGUAUCAGCCUCUUAAAGGAAUGACUAUUGUGGUGUCCAUCUAUGCGGGAUUGGAGCGGGAUUUUAUUAAUGCAGUCGCAGAGCUACUUGGCGCCUCCGUCAAUAAGACUUUCAUCAAAAAGGAGAAACCUUUACUGGUGUGCCCCAGUGCUGAGGGCUCCAAGUACGAAGGUGCCAUUAAAUGGCACUAUCCAGUAGUCACAUCCGAGUGGCUGGUUCAGUGCGCCCGCACUGGACAAAAGUUACCCUAUACCGGACACUUGGUUGGCAAGAGUCCUGAGGAUUUCCCUAUAUCUCCACGUUUGCGGGAGAGCAACACCAGGACACCUAGAAGGCAGGGCGAAACUACAUUGGUGGCGGGACCAGAGGUCACCAUGGAGGAAGCGGAAAACCAACCGGCAGCGCCGGUCACAUCUGUUGCUACACCCAGUUCAAUGUCAGGAGCUCCAGAACUUACCCCUCUCCGCAACAGACGGAUAUCCGAACUAUCUGGAAUUCCAGGGGGUAACUCACGCCAUCGUUCCAGUAGUUCCACAGCGUCACCCGAUUCUCCUUGCACGCCACUUAGCCAGGUUGGCGCCCAGAAAUACAACUUCGACUUUCUAGAGCAGUUCGUCCAGCGAUUAGAUACGGAAGAGGGCAAGGAUUGCGUCCGUGAGAUCAUUCGUGAAAUGCGAGAAAACCAAACUCCGGAACUGGAACGCAUUCGGCGACAAGCCUGCACGCCCGUCAGUCGCAAGCAUCAACGGCCAGCACCGGGUAUUCCCGACUUUUGUCUUACUCCAGAGUUCCAGCAGCGGAUGGCCGAUGAUUUCGAACGGCGCUGGCGGCUGCCAACCCAGAAAAUAAAACCAGACACACCGCUAGCUGUGAUCAGGAAGCGAGUGAUGCGGAUUACAUGCGAGACCCUGGGAAUUGACUACGAUGAUGUCCAAGUGCAGCAGGAUGAGGAACCACCUACUCAAAAGAAAAAGCCGCCAAUUAAAACUCAAGCCACCAAACUCAACUUUGAUAGGUCUCCGAAGACACCAAAGCUUUCGGUGGGCAAGAAGACGCCUCUUAGGGUGUCCAUGAACUCACCUCGCACCGGAACCCAAUCUCCCUUCGUACCCAAUACACAGAGUCCAACAGAAACAGCAGCUCCACGGCGAUCAGAUGGACCAACUGUUAGCGAAGAGGGUCAAAGUACCAUUAACUUCGACAAGAUUAGCUUCGAGGAGUCGGCAGCUCCUGUUAUGGCACCAGAUGUCAAGCAGAUCACAGACUACUUGAAGAACUGCGAAUCGCGGAGGAAUAGCUUGAAACGCAGUCACGACAACGACAUGGAAUGCGGCGAGAGCGAGGUCCAGUAUGUGCAGCCCUUCGAGUCCGAGGAUUUCGCUUUGGGCACCGAACACAUGGUAGAAUGGCGUGAUCCCGCGGAAUUUAAUGCAGCAAAGAGGAGAUCCUCUGGCGGAUCCCCAAAGAUGCAGUACAGGGGCAUUCCCUGUUUCAGCAUCUCGUGCGGCGAUGAUGAUGAAAAGCGGGCUGAAUUAAUCGAGCGGAUCACCCAACUGGGCGGAAAGUUGUGCGAAAACCUGGUGAACUAUGAUAAUGCCUGCACCCAUUUGAUAUGCGAACGUCCGAAUCGCGGCGAAAAGAUGCUAGCCUGUAUUGCGGCAGGGAAAUGGAUCCUCAAUCUUCAGUAUAUCGAACAGUGUCAUGCGCGUGGUCAAUUUCUGGAUGAAGCACUUUACGAAUGGGGAAAUCCAAAGGCAAUAAAUUUGCCCACGUUAGCGCCAGAGGAGGAACCCAUAGCUGCUGCCGUUCAUCGUUGGCGCUUGGAGUUAAGUGCUCGAGGCGGUGGCGCCUUCUCCGACCAUCGUGUGAUUCUCAGCAUGAGCGAGCGUAGCGGGGCCCCCAUCAAGAAUGUGCUGCGUGCCGGAGGAGCCUGCAUCCUAGAGCCAAAUUCACCAUUUUCUGCCGAUCCCAUAUGCUCCACUGCCACUCAUUGCUUUGUGGAUGUAAAGAAAGCGCCGCUGUCACCCAGGGAUAUGGCACAUCUCAAGCAAUGCGGUGUCCAGGUGCUCAGCCAGAUUGCUAUUAAUGCAUAUUUAAUGAAUGGCCGGGAUGCCGAUCUGGGGAAAUACGAGCUCCAGUAAUUGGAUUGGAUAUGAUCAUCAUCAGAUCCUCACAGUUUUUGUAUUCUUAAUUGCUUUUUUGUUCCUGUUCGAAAUUGAUAUUCUAUAGUUUAUAAAAGAGUUAUAAAAAUUACAGCCUUAAAUGGUUUGAAUUUAAAUUAUUUUUUGCUUGUUUUAAAAGUUAAUACUUUAUGCAAGCAUUAUUUAUAUUUUUUAGGUAGUAAACAAAAUGAAAAGCAUUUAUGGUCUUUAAAAAAGAAAUGAACAGAAAAUGCUAUUGAAAUAAAGGACUACAUAUUAAAUUAGUAUUUAAAAUUACCAUUUUUGUUUCAGAUCGAAAACUGUUUCUUAAUGUUUUGUUAUUAUUGAAAAAGUGUAAUCAUUUUGAAAACCAAACUGUAAUGGUUAAAGAAUUUCUUUCUUUUUUUUUAAGCGACUCUUGUAUUAUUUCAUUCCAACUUUUUGUUAAAUGAAUAAAAUUUAAAAUGAUCAAA